UGCAAUCCGACCGCGGCCGGGACCGCACGCGCUCGCUCCAAAAAACCACGUACAUAGACACAACUUUUUUUACGAGCGUACAUGUAAAAAGGACUAUCUGUGUUGUCAAAGUUCCAAAGUAUAGUGACCCAACACAAACAACUUGUGGUAAUAAACUAGAAAGUUUUGCAUAGCAGUGUUGCGUGCCCAGUUUAGUUUCAUUUCGUGUAGUGCUAGAGUGAGGUUUAUGAACCUUUACUGGAUACUUUUUAGGUUAUUCGAAUUCAUGUGCAGAAAAGAUUCCUCACAUGCUACGAAGUAAUUAAAAGAUCGCUCGAUAGAGACGAGCAACCUGUACCCGCGUGUUUAUAAGAUGUGACUACGCCCACGAUGGCAGCCACAGAUGGCCAGAUCGUGGUAGCCGCCUCCCGCUGGGCGGAUGAAGGCAACUAUCUCCGAGAGUUCGCUGCCAAGCAUCGCCUCCCCAACGUCGCCAAGAUCAUCAAGGGCCAAUAUGGCGGCCUUGGCGUCCCAACCCUCCCAAGUCCCAGCCUCCAAAGCACAGCUCUUCUUGUCUCCGCCGGAAAAAGAAAGAAAAUCAUCGCCCAAGCCAUCAAACUUAAAGAGGGACGACGGAUGGUCAGUGUAGGACCAAGGAUUGCCAUCCCCGACUCUUACAAAGGGUAUUUUGAGCUACUAAGCGAGGAAGGCAGAGCUGUCAGGUGUAUAGAAUCGGUCGCCGAACUAGCCAGAAGAAAACUAGACGAUGGAUGCCUUGUCAGAGAACCUAUCAGAGUGAUCUGCGCUAAAACAGAUCUAGAUGGUAACGUGACAGCAGAUGGGGCUAGAAACCUGCCCGCGGGCGAAGUCAUCAUGCCGAGAGGCGAAGUGUUCUUAGGUAAAAGUAAAUAUUUAAAAUGCACUGACUCCAAAGGAGACACGGUGCUGUUGAGCCAAGACCAGAGAGGAAAGUUCUCAGCCAUUGCCAAAGAAGAGAACAUCAGCGGAGUGCACACAGCGAAGACGUUGCUGACGAAGAGACUGCCCAUUACAGUGAGGCUUGUACACGGAACUCCUCCAAGAGGCCUGAAAAGUUCCAACCAUUUUGUACCAGAACUGAGAUUGCUGUCCAUGUUUGAAGAAGACCACGUCUUCGCGCUGCCGCUCCAGAAAGAAGGCAACGCUCUCAUAGCGCUCCCCUUAGCCGCUCCUCUGAAAAUGCAAAGAUGCAAAAACGAGGAGCAGAUCAAAAACUUCAUGGAAUUCUCUAGAUUAGUCGAAAAGUGCAAUCGAUUGCUCGUAGACGUUGUCGACAGGAUACACGUACUAGACGGAAAGCUUGGUGACCCCAAAAGAUUACUCAAUGCCCCAUUACACGCUCCACCGUUGAUCAAAACUGGUUACUUCCUCCGGAGAAGUGCGUCUUCAGAUACUGCCAAUCAGCAUAAGCAUAUAACGCGCCAUAGUCAUAUUUACAGCAGCCAUAGAGACGAGAACAGCAUCCCAGAUGAAUACGAUGAAAUAGACCAGAUCUACGACUACGUUAGAGGAUUUGCUCCACUGCCGAAGAAUAUCAAAGCAUCAUACUCCAACGAGCCAAGUCGCCACGAGUCUGCUCCGUCUUCACCAGCGCCCACGCCUAUUCAUAUGCCUUUAAUAACCGAAAUCAAACCAGAACCACCUCCCAUAGAGACCAUCCCUACAAAAAAGCCUCAACUCUGUCAAAAGGCAGAGAAAAGAACUCGCAAGGCAACAGUUCCAAUAAAAGAGACACCAGUAACAGUUUACAAGGAAAAGUGUUCGAUUGCACCAGCUCCGAACAAUUUGCCGAAGCUGUUCAUCAAGAACAAUAUAAACAACAACAAAAGCAGGAUGGUGUUCCGGCAGAAAAGCAAUUCUCCGACCAAGGAGAGUCCUAGUCCUAUAGCUAGUCCGGUGCGUCCGUUAACGAAGGGUGAUUCUCCUAUCUUCAACAUAAGGUAUAAAAGUCUAUCGAAUAUCCACCAGGCGAUGGAAUUAGACGGGACCUUAGACUCGAGCCAUUCUGGUGGCAGGACUUCUGGGGAUUCUGGGAACGGGCCGAAGUUGCCAGAAAAGAGAUCCAGGAAGCUGAGCAGGCCUAAAUCCUUGACGAACCUGGUGUGGGAGCUGAAGGGCUGUCCCGUGGAACCGAAUGAGAAACCAAAAUGUAGGGUUAAAAAUGAAAGUUACAAGAAAAUGGGCACGAAGUUAUCGCUGGGAGCACAGAAGAGGGUGCCGACGCUGUAUCUCUGAUUUCUUGGUCCAAGAGUUUGCAGAGUGAUGCCCUUCUUACGAGCAACAAUUCGACAACGAUCAUCAUACGACAUUAUCUUACAUUUAAAAUGAUAGCAUAAUAGUAACUAAAUUGUACUGCAAUCAAUAUUUAGAAGGUCCUUGGUUAAUAAAAACAUACGUAACUGACUUUUACUGUGUCCAUAUUAUUAUUGAUUUAUUCCAAAAAUGUUAUCCCAAGUCAGAAUGUCCUAUAAUAUAAAUUGGACCCAUAGAUAGACUCUAUUAAGGUCAUGUGGUAUUAAAUAAAUAUUUUUUUCCUUUAUCCCAAUAUUAUAAAUAUUUGUUUUGAUAAAAGAGAAAAACGUUAGAGAUACUGGAAUACGUCUAGUUUUGGGUCUAAAAAGCCUUAAAAAUAAUUCUUAUCCACGUUCUUAAUUUUCAAAUUUAACAAAAUUACUAGAAUGCGCUAAUUUAUUACAUGAUGUGUUUCGAUCCCUGAUUAAUUUUAUACCAGGGGCCGUAAGCAAUUUUCUUUUUUUCCACUAUGUUUCUCUUUUACAGUUUUGUUUUUAUUAAACAAGAACCAAGAAAUACCAAACUUUCACACAUUAAUAAUUUUGAUAAAAAUAAAAAUACUUAUUUUUGAUCUCUUUAAUGAUAUAAUUAUAAAUUGUUAUUUAUGAUUUUAAUGCCAUAUUACGGUGUAAUACUUCCUUGGUGUUCUUAAUUAGUAUAAGCUAAUAUAAUUAAAAGUUUCUCGAAAUUGGCAGAAGAAAAUAUUUAAAAAUUUGAAAAAAAAAAUGUAAACCAAAAAUGUGAGGUGCCUUACUAAGUGAAAUAAAUUGUUUUGCUUAGAUAUAAAAUUGUUACAAAAUGCUAAUUAUUUUAGUAUUGAUAAAGGCAGUUGUUGUUUGCUUAAAGGAGAUUAUUCACUGGUUUAAUGUAAUAUUUUCUUUACAAAAAUUACAAAAUUGCUUUAGACAAAAAAGUAGUUAGUAUGUAAGUUAUACCAGAAUAUAGAAAAUGUUUUAAGAAAUACAUAGAAAAGUUCCAACUCAAAUGCUGUGACUUCUUUGGUUUAUAACGUAAAGGCCCAUUUUUUAAACAUCAGAAAACCCGUAGUCUAAACUUGAAAUUAUUUAUUUUUGUAUAUAAAAUAAAUGUCUAAAUGUCAAUUAAUUCCUGAAACAAAAUCUGGAGAGCGAAAAUCUAUCGUAAAUGCAAUAGAAAUCGUAUCCAGACGUAACAAACGAUCAGGCACGCAUUCUAUCAGGCAAGACCUGAAGUACUUUAAAUGACUAGCAUUAUGUGACAAUUUAAAUGGAAAUUAUUAUUAUAAUGAGAAACAGUCACAAAAUAACUUUGAAGUUAGUUUACAAAAUGUUUUGAUACCUAUGCAUUUAUCGAUGUAAUAACUACAGUCAUAGGGGUUUAGUCCUUUUUAUACCUACUCUUUUAAUUUGAAAUAUUUCUAAGGUUGCUGGUUUUUGAAAGCAUUAUUUAAAAAAUCGGAAGAAAAUUUUAAUUGCGAAUACAAAAAAGAAAAAAACAAAAAAAAAGAAAAACCUAUUGCAAAAUAGUGUAUGGCAGAACGUCGGGCAAUGUUUUUGGAAUGAGUGCGAUGUUGCCACAAUAAUUAUAAAUAAUUCUUACGACUGUAUUUACGCAGAUCAGAGUCAAAAACAUUUUUGACAUUGUAUUGCGAAGUAUUUUUUCAUCUCUCGCAACAUUUUUUUAUUUAUUCCCAUAAGACUAU